UAUAAUUCAUUUUUUCUUGUAGUCAGUUGUUUUAUGAUGGGCACCAGACAUUUGCUCAAGAAUUGGCUGCUGUGGUGGAACAAGAAGCCAGUGCAGUUGCCCCCUCGGAUCGCCUCAUGAAUGUAUUAAACAUUGGCCUACAGCAUGAACAUGAGAUGGAAAGGCCUCUAAAUCGUUUGGAGUACACUCUUGGGCCUGGCCUUGACCUGGAGUAUGAGACAGAACCUCAAACGAGUGCUCCAGAGCCAGCAAUGUAUGAAACAGCUUAUGUCACAUCACACAAGGAUAAGUGUCGAGCUGCAGCUUUCUCUCUAGAUGGUAACCUCGUGGCAACAGGAAGUGUUGAUGCCUCUAUCAAGAUUCUAGAUGUGGAUCGCAUGCUGGCUAAGAGCGACCCAGAUGCUGUAGAGCUACAUCCAGAUGCUGUUGUAGGUCACCCGGUUAUCCGUACUCUCUAUGAUCAUUUGGAUGAAAUCACCUGUCUUGAAUUCCACCCAAGAGAACAAGUUCUUAUCUCUGGAAGUAGAGAUACGAAUGUCAAGAUGUUUGAUUUUAGCAAAACGUCUGCAAAGAAAGCAUUCAAAACUUUGACAGAUGCUGAACAGGUCACCAGUAUGUCAAUCCAUCCCAGUGGAGACUUUCUGGCUGUGGCAACUGAAGGGGUUGUAGUGAGGUUUUAUGACAUCAACUCUGGCCAGUGCUAUGUAUGCCCUUACCCUCGUGAGCACCACACUGGACCACUGACAGCUGUGCGCUAUUCUGCUGAUGCUAGAGUCUGUACCUCAGCUUCCAAAGAUGGAGAUAUUAAGGUAUGGGAUGGAGUGUCAGGACGCUGUGUUCAGACAUUUCCUAAAUGUCAUGAUGGUGCUGAGGUCUGCUCUGUUCUCUUCUCUCGUAAUGGAAAGUACAUCCUCUCUUCGGGCUUGGACAGUGUUGUGAAGUUAUGGGAGCUCUCAACGGGACGCUGUCUUAUAGCCUACACUGGUGCUGGAUCAGUGGGUCGUCAGGAGCAUAGUGCCCAUGCAAUGUUCAACCAUACAGAAGAUUUUGUGAUGUUUCCUGAUGAGGCAACUACAUCAUUAUGUGCCUGGGAUGCUCGCAAUGCUCAGCGGAAAAACUUGCUCUCCCUUGGUCAUAAUGGGCCUGUAAGGCACAUGGUUCAUUCUCCAUGCUCUCCAGCUUUCAUCACGUGCUCUGAUGACUAUCGGGCACGGUUUUGGUACCGAAGAAAUGUCCAUUAAUAAGUUUGCAUUGUACUUUUAUAAGACAUGAUAAAAUAAAAAGAAGCCAAUUUUAUAACUUGAGUAAUUGCCCUGCUUGACAGUGAUGGUUGUAAUAAGUACUUUAAUUGUAGUAUGUCUUGUGUUCAUUUGAAAAAGAAAAAUGUACUGCUUUAAUUAAAAACAUACAUUUAUUUGUAAAUUUCUCAUUAAGUAAAUACAUCCAAGUACUGUACUUGUAACAACAGGGAUAAUUUUUUAAACCAUAAAUAAUCCCAAUUCUU